UUCUGUCAUCCUCAAUUUUGGCACCGUUUAACAACACACUGUUUACAAAGAUGCAUAAGACACUGCUCCUUCUCGCGCUGUUCUUGCGGGCUGCGGAAGGCAACUGGGAUGGUGAUGGCAGUGACUCGGACCCAGCCAUAGCAAAUAUGGGCUUUUUUGUCCACAAUAUGACAUGCAACGAAUACGGAACUGUUUGCCAGCACUGCAAGAAAGUAGAGUAUUAUGGAAAAGCCUAUUUGGCUGUUGCCGAAUAUAAGGCGGAUCCUUACACCUUCCAGUGUGGCAUUGAAGACGGAACAAAUGACUGGAACUUCAAUUUUGGUCAAGAGGACCCGUCCGAACUGUAUCGAUGGUGCGACAGUAUUGAGGGACGAGUGAGCAAGGUCAUCAGCAUGAAAAUGAGAUACACGUUGUGCGCCGAGAACAUGUUUAGUGGCAUUUCAGUACCGAGCGAUUGUCCUCGCCCCGUAGCUUUGGUCACGUUUGACGCUCAUCUUGCUGACGAGAAAAUACAAGGCCAGCAACUGCUGUUUUGCCUGCCCUAGGCUGAUAAUAUAAGGCUUCGCGAUCAGGUCAUGGCUGGCACCAGAUUUUCAUGUAGGAUAGAUUGA